UAGGUGAAACAAUAAUGUGAUAAACGUAGACAGCUGCUCUAUAUUGUCACGAAGCACGAAAAGCACAAAGUAGCAUCGACCAGUGUAUAUCGAAGAAACUUUUUUUAUUAUAUUUUUUAAAUGUUCCUCUAUUUUAAAUGAAUGCGAACAAGCGUCAGAAAGUGCCUAUCAAACCCGACCGGCUCGAGGACACGCGCAAGGAUUUCGAGAAAAGGUUGAUUGAACGCAGAUAUCAUGGGUACGCGUUGGAUACCCUCCCGCCCGAGGUUCUGGAGAUGGUUCUUAGGCUAUUGCCUUUACACGACGUUUCCACGUCCGUGCGAUUGGUAUCCAGACAUUGUUCGACGAUCGCCUCGAUAGUUUUGAACGGCGCGUUUCUCACGGCUGGUGCGAGAAUAGAAGGUCUGAUGAGGCGGAUCGAAGAUACGAUGAAACACGCGAAAGUGGAUCACGAACUGUUGGUUUGUAACAAAGCCUACAACACGGCGGAGGUGAUCAAAGCGCAAUACAAAAUGUUACGCGCGGUCACGUGGAGGUACACACAUCCUCCUGGCAAGCAGGAAAAGUUCCCGAGACUUUGCUUCUACGCGGGCAGUUUGCUCGACAAGCUGAACGAAAUUCUUGCCCGAGCUGCGAAAUACCGUACGUCCAGCAUUCGUGAACUUUGUACCGUGAACGCGGAUGUAACUGCCUUUACGUCCCUGUGCAAGCGAUUCAUGAACUUCUUCGAGAAAGUUUCCGAGCGCAGAGUGAACAAAUCCUCCUUGAUCUCUGGAUGCAAAGUCAUAGAUAUUUUGGACUGCCUGGUGGAAGGCCGGCAAGUAUUGGCUUUCAAAGUAAUGUCGAGCAGACACGGCGAGACGGUUAACAUGAAGCUGAGGUACACGAUAAAAAGAGCGUGGUUUACCUGCUUGGAUGUCACUAAAAACGCCGACGAAGAAUCAUGGAGGGACGAGCAACGCUUCAUGUAUCUCCGGCUUCGGCGUCUGGUGGGCAGCGUGAACGAGCAUUUCUUCGAAAACUUGCAUUACGAGAAGAACCUCCUGUUCCAGAUCCCAUUGACGGAUCCUUUGAGACCUCCACCCGCGUCCACUUAUUCCGGCUACGGCGAAUACGGCGGCAAGUUCUUUUAUUAUGGAAAUAUGAACAAGUACGCGUACGAAAGCAAAUUUACUCACGCGGCGGUUAGUACGAUGGACUUAACGGUUGAAACGGAAGAACAGGUCCAUAAAGCGCCAACCCUCGAUCUAGUGAUCGAUAUCGAAUUGAAGUGCACGCCGGAAUUGGCUCCACUCGAAGUGCGAUCGAUUUUAAGAUCGGACGAGUUUGAGGCUCGCGAGAUGAAAACUUGCAAAUAUCAACAGCUUUUUUUACGAAUGAACGUCACUUGCCCAGCAUCGUUAGCCAACAGAUUAGCCGGUAAUUUCGUAUGGGAACUUCGUUCUCCACGACGCGCGCGUCAAGCAUCGUGAAUCUUUAUUUGUAUACGAUUAGAGGACCGUAAUCACACACAUACAGAUAUAUACACGCACAUUGGAAUUAUACAAUUAUACGUCUUACAUUUUUAACAUAGUGGCUAUAUAUAUAUAUAUAGUGCAUAU